AUGGAUACAAAGAUCGAGUUGGCUAUUCUAAAAUCAGCUAUUCCGACUACGUAUGUUGAUAUGACACGAUUCAUUGUUAAGAGGACUCCAUUAUAUAAUAAUUAUGAUCAGCUUAGAUCACAAUAUCAAACCCUUAUUUCUUCCAAAUUAGAAGAAAAUUUAGUCAAUUUUGUUAGUGAAAAUAAUACAACAAACUUCAAUUUAAACGAUUGGAAUAAACGGCAUUAUAUAUUGGAAAAGACAGAAUCUAUCGCGCCCAUGGUCCAAACACUAUUAGAUGAAGCUCAUAGAUUACCUGUUAGAUUAAGGGAAUCUUAUAUUCGGCAGUGGAGAAGAGUAUUAGUUAGGAGAGCACUUGCAAUGAUCAAAUUUGUCCAGGAUGAAACGUAA